AUGGCGGGGGCCGUGAUCGUGCACCACCACAACAGGUACAAGACGUACCCCGGCGAUGUCACCGGCUUCGUCUUCUACUCCUGCCUCGUCGCCUCCGUCGGCGGUUGCAUCUUCGGCUACGACAUCGGCAUGGCCGCCAGUUUGACGUCGACGGAGUCGUUCCUGCUCUUGUUCUUCCCGGACAUCUACCAGCAGCAGAAGGAUCAGGUGAUCACGAACCAGUACUGCAAGUUUGACAGCCAGGAGCUGUCCCUCUUCGGCUCCUCCCUCUUCCUGUCUGCGGCGACGGCGUCUCUCUUCGCGAGCCCCAUGGCCCGCGCCUUCGGCAGGAAGUGGACGCUCUUCUACGCCGCCGUCGCCUACGUCAUCGGCGCCUGCAUGGGCGGCAUAGCCACCACUUUCGCCAUGCUCAUCACCGGCCGCUUGCUCCUCGGCGUCGGUGUCGGCCUCUGCAUCCACGCCUCGCCUCUCUACCUCUCGGAGAUGGCGCCGGCGCAGCAGCGCGGGAUGCUCAACAUCCUCUUCCAGCUGAUGAUCACCAUCGGGAUCCUGUCGGCCAGCCUGACCAACUACUGGACGUCCAGGUUCCUGGGCGGGUGGGGCUGGCGGGUCGGGCUGGGGAUGGGCGCCGUCCCGGGGUCCGUCAUCGCGCUGGGCUCCCUCGCCAUCCCAGACACCCCCAUCUCCCUGCUGUCGCGGGGCGAGACCGAGCUCGCCCGCGCGACGCUGUCCCAGAUCAGGGGCAUCGGCCCCGACGACGUGCGGCAGGAGUUCGACGACCUCGCCGCCGCGUGCGAGGAGAGCAAGGCGGUGGCGAACCCGUGGUGGGAGCUGCUCUUCACCGGCAAGUACAAGCCGCAGCUGACGUUCGCGCUGGGCGUGCCCUUCUUCCAGCAGCUGACGGGCAUCAACGUGAUCAUGUUCUACGCGCCGGUGCUGUUCAAGACGGUGGGGUUCCGGAACGACGCGUCGCUCAUGUCGUCCGUCAUCACGGGGCUGGUGAACGUGUUCUCCACCUUCGUGGCCGUGGUGACCGCGGACAAGGUGGGGCGGCGGGCGCUGUUCCUGCAGGGCGGGACGCAGAUGAUCAUCUCGCAGAUCCUGGUGGGCACCUUCAUCGGGCUCCAGUUCGGGCUGAGCGGGACGGGGGCCAUCUCGGAGCAGUACGCCAUGUGCAUCGUGCUGUUCGUGUGCGUGUACGUGGCCGGCUUCGCAUGGUCAUGGGGGCCCAUGGGGUGGCUCAUCCCCAGCGAGGUGUACCCGCUGGCGGUGCGGUCGCAGGCGCAGAGCAUCACGGUGGCCGUCAACAUGUGCUUCACGGCCUUCAUCGGCCAGGUGUUCCUCACGCUGCUGUGCCACCUGAGGUUCGGCCUCUUUUACUUCUUCGGCGCCUGGCUGCUGCUCAUGACCAUCUUCAUCGCCGUGCUGCUGCCGGAGACCAAGUGCGUGCCGCUCGAGGAGGUGUCGCACGUCUUCAGGAAGCACUGGUUCUGGAGGAAGUACGUGGUCGACACCAGCGCCGAAGCGCGCGGGGCCGAGAUGAGGAAGAGGAUAGCGCUAGAGAUGAGCUGAUCCACGUCCGUCUGGAGCCAUGCAUGCAUGCAUGCAUGGAGAUGGAGGUAUACAUCGGUAGGCAGAUCAGAAACAGAUCGGUGCAGGCUCAGUCACGCUUGAUGAUUACCCAGCUGACAAGACGUACAUAGCUAGAGUGCAGAAAUUGACUACGCAUGCUCAUCGGCCGACCAGCAAGCUAAAUUAGUUGAUGUUAAUCCUGGUGUUGUAGAAUUGAUCUUAGCAUACACUCAUCUUGUAAUUUUUUUCCCUUUGUUUCAUGUCAAACUUGUCAAUGAAGUAUUACAAACAAACAAAAA